ACAAAGUUUCCAGACAAAAGCCAAGUUUCAGCUGUAAGAAAAUGCUAAAACCAUCCAUUCUCAUCAUCUUCUUAGUUUUCAAGAAUGUGGUUUUUUCUUCUCCUCCAGAUGACCCCAUCAAGUGCACUUCCACCGACACUAACUGCACCAUCACAAACUCCUACGGCACCUUCCCCGACCGGAGCACCUGUGGAGCAUCCCGAGCACUGUACCCAACCACCGAGCAGGAGCUUAUUUCCAUGGUCGCUUCGGCAUCAAAAUCCAACACAAAAGUGAAAGCAGCCACCAGAUAUUCCCACAGCAUUCCCAAGCUUGCAUGCCCCGGAGGCCAAGAGGGCAUCAUAAUAAGCACUAACAAGCUCAACCAUAUAGUGAACGUUGACGUGGAGAACAGAAGGAUGACGGUAGAGAGCGGCGUCCUUCUGAGAGACCUCAUCAAUGAAGCGGCGACUAAUGGGCUGGCUUUGCCUCAUACGCCGUACUGGUGGGGACUGACGGUGGGGGGACUGUUGGCGACGGGGGCUCAUGGUAGCUCUCUGUGGGGAAAGGGAAGUGCGGUUCAUGAGCAUGUGGUGUCGAUGAGGAUAGUGACGCCGGCGACGGCAGAAGAAGGGUAUGCCAAAGUGAGGUGCCUAAGUGAGUCCGAUGAAGAUCUCAAUGCAGCCAAGGUUUCUCUUGGCGUUCUUGGGGUUGUUUCUCAGGUAACCUUACAGUUAGAGCCGUUGUUUAAACGAGCGCUAAAGUACGUGAUGAAGAAUGAUUCAGACUUGGGAGAGAAAGUGAUUAGAUUUGGGAAAGAGCACGAGUUCGGGGAUGUCAUGUGGUUUCCUGCGCAAAAGAAGGCAGUGUACAGAGUUGACGAUCGAGUUUCCAAUGAUGAGUCUGGAAAUGGCGUCUAUGAUUUCCUGGGAUUUCGGUCAACUCCCUCUGCUGUCUUAGCUGCCAGCAGAGCCGCAGAGGAACUUCAAGAAGCAACAAUGGACGCGAUUGGAAAAUGCCUUAGUGCAAAGUUGGCGACUGGGACGUCGGAGACAUUGGCUUACGGUUUGACUAACAAUGGCAUACUAUUUACUGGAUACCCCGUGAUCGGACAAAAUAAUCGCAUGCAAUCAUCGGGGACGUGCCUAGGAAGCAAAGAAGACGCAUUGAUCAACAUAUGCCCUUGGGAUUCCAGGCUCCAACUCCUGUUCUUUCACCAAACAGCAUUCAGCAUCUCCCUGUCUAAGAUUAAAGGCUUCAUCAAAGAUGUGAAGAACCUAGUUGAAUUAGAGCCACAGGCACUGUGUGGAUUAGAGUUGAACAAUGGCAUUCUCAUGCGCUAUGUAAAAGCUUCGAGUGCUUACCUGGGGAAAACAGAAGAUGCUAUCGAUUUUGACAUCACUUACUACAGAAGCAAAGACCCAUUAUCUCCAAGACUUUUUGAAGACAUUCUUGAGGAGAUUGAGCAGAUAGGGUUGUUCAAAUAUGGAGGGCUACCUCACUGGGGAAAAAAUAGGAAUUUAGCAUUCAAUGAAGUGAUUAAAAAGUACCCAAAUGUAGAUAGGUUUUUAAGUGUGAAAAGUAAGUAUGAUCCACAAGAGAUUUUCUCUAAUGAGUGGACAGAUCAGGUCCUGGGGUUAAAAGAAGGUGUAACAAUACUCAAAGAUGGGUGUGCUCUUGAAGGUUUGUGCAUAUGCUCGGAAGAUCGUCACUGUGCACCAAGCAAGAAAUAUUACUGUAGGCCUGGAAAGGUUUAUAAAGAAGCUAGGGUUUGCGCUUUUGAAAGUUGAGACUGAUUUGAAGUCAAAGGGCUUUUUUAUAGUGUCGCAUUUCAUGUUUCAGAUGUUGCCGUCCCUGGGUUGCAGAAACUCAAUUCAUUUCCGAUAUGUGUGAUAUUAAUAUAACAGAAGUAUAUAUGUGAUCA